AUGAUCACAUGAAACCAGGAGGAAGACGCUAGAAUAAAUCUCAUCUGCCUGCGUGUUUAGAUGGGAGAGAAGAAAAGUACAAACAGGAUUUUUUUUUUAUCAUUAUUAUUUUUAUUUACUUAUUCUAUGAAAAGAGGUGUAUAAUGAGCCUCGUAGGGAGGUGUUUUGAUCGUCAAGUGUGACCCUUCCUAUGAGCCCAGUUGGAGCGCAAUCACAGGUGACCCCGUCUGGAGCAAGGCAGGUGGUCCGCGCACAGCAGAGAUAGAGAAUAAGAGAGAGAAAGACAGAGAGAAAAGGAGAGAGGGAGGAGGCACGCGGAACGGUGGUGGGGCUACUUUCCUGACGGCACACCAACAAUCGUCAACCUGUGGAUAGGACGCGCGCGGUGCUCUGCUGUGUCCUCCGCUGCCACCCUCUCCCCUCUGACACCGAACCCGACCCCUCGGACAUCCUGCACGCAUGAACUGGGAGAGGGUGCCAGUUCAAUCGCCGAGAGGAGGAGAGCAACCGAAAAGUUGAGUGAUCGCGCGCCAUCCACGCUUCAUGAAUGGCCGGAACAUGGAGGAGAUGCCAUUCGAAAGAGUUAAGACGCGGCGGAGGAAGGGUCACUGCCCGACCGGUGCACCCCUGGGCGCUAUCGCCUGCGAGGACGAGUUCAACAGCCACGAGCUGGAGACUCUGUUUCAGAACUACAACCUGAAACUGGAGCAGACCGCCACCCUCAAAGCGCUGGCGGUGCUCAUCGUGGCUGCAUCGUCGCUGUCUUUGAUGGAGCUGCUGUCCAGCCCGCGUCUCACCUUGUCCAAGGGCUCCUACCCGGUGCACUGCGUGGUGUUCCUGUCGCUGUUUAUCGUCACCAACGUCAAAUACCUGCAGGUGACGCAGCUGCAGCAAAUAGCCAAGCUGGCCUUGCUGUUCAGCUUCACCUUUGCGCUGCUCUGCUGUCCGUUCCCACUGGCGCUCGGGACCUCGGAGCUAGUGAACGCUUCUGCCCCUGAGCAAGGUGUGUGGCAGCUCAUGUUGGUCACCCUCGUGGCUUACGUGCUGCUGCCAGUGCGGACGCUUCUGGCUGUGCUAUUCGGGGUAAUGCUGGCUGCAUCCCACUUCAUUGUCAUAGCGACAUCGGUCACGGGGAGAAAACAGAAGCUGUGGAGACCACUGGUGGCCAACGCGGUGCUCUUCACCAGCAUCAACUUGUCAGGUGUGUUUGUAAGAAUUCUCACCGAACGCACCCAGAGGAAAGUCUUCCUGCAAGCCCGCAACUGCAUCGAGGAGCGGCUGAGACUGGAGGAUGAAAAUGAGAAACAGGAGCGUCUACUAAUGAGCCUGCUCCCCAGAAAUGUUGCCAUGGAGAUGAAGGAGGACUUCCUAAAGCCGCCUGAGAGGAUCUUUCACAAGAUCUACAUCCAGCGCCAUGACAAUGUCAGCAUCCUGUUUGCAGACAUUGUGGGUUUCACAAGCUUGGCUUCUCAGUGUACUGCUCAGGAACUGGUCAAGCUGCUCAACGAACUCUUUGGGAAGUUUGAUGAACUGGCUACGGAGAAUCACUGCAGGCGUAUAAAGAUACUGGGGGACUGUUACUAUUGUGUGUCUGGACUGACACAACCCAAGGCAGACCAUGCCCACUGCUGUGUGGAGAUGGGGCUGGAUAUGAUUGACACAAUUGCGUCGGUGGUGGAGGCGACGGAGGUGGAUCUGAACAUGCGUGUUGGUCUGCACACAGGACGGGUGCUGUGUGGCGUGCUGGGCCUGAGGAAGUGGCAGUAUGAUGUCUGGUCAAACGAUGUCACACUGGCUAAUGUGAUGGAGGCUGGAGGGCUGCCUGGCAAGGUGCACAUCACAAGGACCACCCUGGAGUGUUUAAAUGGGGACUACGAGGUGGAACCAGGCUUUGGCCAUGAGAGACAUUCCUUCCUGCAGAAGCACCACAUAGAGACAUUCUUCAUAGUGCCAUCACACAGACGCAAAAUCUUUCCUGGCAUUAUCCUGUCAGACAUCAAACCAGCCAAAAGGAUGAAGUUCAAGACGGUGUGCUACCUGCUGGUGCAGCUCAUGCACUGUAGGAAGAUGUUCAAGGCUGAGAUCCCCUUCUCCAACGUCAUGACCUGUGAGGACGAUGAUAAGCGAAGGGCCCUGCGGACAGCGUCAGAGAAGCUGAGGAGUCGGACAUCUUUCUCAGCCACGGCUGUGCAGCACUCGCCAGCCACAAGAGUCAACCGCUACAUCGGGCGACUCAUUGAAGCGCGGCAGACCGAGUCAGAGACAUCGGACCUCAACUUCUUCACCCUGUUCUACAGGAGCAGAGACAGGGAGCGCAGGUAUCACCAGGUAAAUGAUGACCAUUUCAUCAGUGCGGUGGUUCUCUCGCUGAUCCUCGGUGCUCUAUUUGGCCUUAUCUAUCUGCUAAUGGUCCCACAGGGGAUACUGGUGCUGCUGCUACUGGUGCUGUGUGUGUGUUUCCAUGUGGCCUGUGUAAUGUACUUACAUCUCACCAGUGUUCAGUGCCAACCAGGCUGUCUCACCAUCCAGAUCCGAACAGUGCUUUGUGUCUUCCUUGUUCUGCUCACCUACUCUGUUACCCAGGCUUGUGUGGUGGGUUGUGUACCUUGGGGGAGAAUUGAGAUAAACUCCAGUCGCUUUGUGGAAGAUGCCCCUGCUGAUGCUCUCGGAGCUGGACCAGCUAACAUCACUGCAGAGGACAUAGCUAGCCCCAACAUGGCGUACACCCUGCUAUCCUGCGUGGCCGGCACCCUCACCGUGGUCCCUUACCUUCGUGUCUCAUCGCUCCCCAAGAUCCUGCUCCUCCUCCUCCUCUCUGUCUCCUACACCGUUGUCAUGGAAACCAGUGGCUACCGCCAAGCUGUUGGUGGUGGCUUUCUUCACACACGAGGUUAUGACCCUGUUUUGGCCAUCUUGCUGUUUUCUGGAGCUCUGGCUCUGCAUUCAAGACAGUUGGACCUUAAACUGCGGCUCGACUAUCUCUGGGCCACUCAGGCGGAGGAGGAGCGAGACGACAUGGAGAAGGUGAAGCUGGACAACAAGAGGAUCCUUUUCAACCUGCUGCCAGCUCAUGUGGCUCAACACUUCCUCAUGUCAAAUCCCAGAAACAUGGACCUUUAUUAUCAGUCCUAUGCUCAAGUCGGAGUGUUGUUUGCCUCCAUUGCCAACUUCAACGACUUCUACAUCGAGCUGGACGGGAACAACAUGGGAGUUGAGUGUCUGAGGCUGCUCAAUGAGAUCAUUGCUGACUUUGAUGAGCUAAUGGAUAAAGAGUGCUACAGAGAUAUAGAGAAAAUCAAAACCAUUGGCAGUACAUAUAUGGCUGCAGUAGGGCUGGUUCCUACAACUACUUCCAAGGGCAAGAAGUCAAUCACCUCACAUUUAUGCACAGUGUCAGAUUUUGCCAUUGAGAUGUUUGACGUCUUGGAUGCCAUCAACUACCAGUCUUACAAUGACUUUGUGCUGAGAGUAGGAAUCAACGUGGGCCCAGUGGUGGCAGGGGUGAUUGGAGCCAGAAGGCCUCAGUAUGACAUCUGGGGAAACACGGUGAAUGUAGCCAGCAGGAUGGACAGUACUGGAGUACAAGGAAAGAUCCAGGUGACAGAGGAUGUCUAUCGCCUCAUUACAGACUAUUACAACUUUGUGUGCCGAGGUCAGGUCAGCGUGAAGGGCAAAGGCCAGAUGCUCACCUACUUUCUUGAGGGGCGUCGACAUAGCAGCAGGCUGUCUCAGACUCAGCAGCAACAAUCUGGGAACACCGAGCGCCGGUCGAGCGCCUUCGCCCAUAGCAGCGUGUGCACUAGGCUGAGCCCCGCCCCCACAGUGACCACCUACGCCAACAUCAGGACCCCCAGUCCGGGCAUUGCCAAACCUACCACCUCUUCCAGCUCCACCAGGUACUUGCCCUCUGUUCCCACAGCAGUGGUGUGACACAUGCUGCUUCAUGGUAAACGUGGAAAACAUGAAGAUAAGAGUGGAUGUGGGUAAAAAGUAGCAGAACAAGCUGUUCUCCACUCUUCUUCUACUGCCUGUGGAAUGCAGGCAGGUGGAAACACUGAUUGUCCAUUGCAAGGCCGAACUCAGGACUGACCCACAUUUGAGACUUGACAGUCUGAGGCUUCGAUCGGACUCUCUCUCCCACACUCAAGCCCUGUUUGUUGUUUCAAGCUGCAGGGAGUCCUAAACGGGAUACAGGAUGCUUUAGCCACGUUGCUUCGUCAUCAAUCAAAGGCCAAGGAUGCCUCCAGGGUUUGAGAGAUGAUGUUUAAACUUGAUCAGUAUCAAAAUUAAAACACAUUACAAUGCACAAUUAAAAGUGUAGCAACACGCCUCUCACAGCAACCAACAACAUCUGGAAAUUCCUUUAAGAACUAAAACUGACCAUUUUAAAUGAAACCAAAUCAGUGCUGUUGCCUUAGCGACCACUUCUCAUAAAGAGUUUCUUGCCAUUUUUUUUUUUUUUUUUUUUUUUUUUUUGCCUUUCAGUUCCUUUGUUGAUUUAUUGGACACCAAUUCAGAUGAAUAAUUAACAGGGGCAUUGUUAUCUAAGAGAUGUAUGUUUUUAAAGUGGGUCAUGCCAAAUGUACUAGCACAGGCAUUUUAAUGGUACAAACUUGCCCAAAAAAAAUGCCAGGCAUUGCCUUCAGUCAGUUACGGGUUGGCGUUGCUGUACAGUACGUUUCUGCUCCUUAACUCAAAUCCUCUAAUGAUGCACGAGUUAAACUUUUUGAUUCCUCCAGCCGAGCUGCUCGGUGUCUUUAAGUGCAUGAUGCCACUGCUGCAUUUCAGUCAUGUCCGCUGUCGGUUUCCCUGUGAUGCUUGACUACAAGACUCUUCCUUGUCCAAGUGUAGCAAUAAAGCAGUUUGUCUCCUAUCUCAGUCCCAUUCACCCCUUGCAUGCUGUAGCCUGCUGGAUCCUACUUUGACCCGAUAGUGUUUGUAGCCAAUUGAGUGCAUAGCUAGCCACACCGGUGUCUAUCUCUGUGAAGUUGAAGCAUGACUUAGAAAACUUAUUUUCCGUAUGGUGUGAUUCCUUCUUCUUCCUGCAGUAUAAUGAAAAAAAAAGAAAAUAUUUUUCUGCGUGCUUGUUUAUGAAGAAAUUUAUUCUUUUCUGCUACUUAUAUGAACUAACAGCUACUUUGGCAGGGAAAAGAAAAGCUUGUGUUUAUGAGGAGAAACACCCAAACCUCUGGUUCUGGAUUCAUCAUGCAAACCCGGAUGAUUUAUUUUAUGGUAUAGCAUGCUAUUCAUGGUACGGCUUACCACAGCCAUUAACUCCUCUAAUCUGUUCUAGCAUGCACUGCCUGCAAGCUUUUGGCUCCUACCUGCAUGCUUUGAUGAAGACUAAUGCAGACCGAUGAAGACUAUUGCAGACCAAGCAGCAGACACACAGUGACUCUGUUUAAUGUCCUCAUGCAUGCAGUUCAGGUAGCGGUUUCCUCUUGAAUGUAAGGUGCUUUAUUGACUCGUGACUUUUUCAUGAGAUUGGUGUGUGAAUCUUCAGGAUAGUCAGACAUCAGGCCGGGGGCUUCUCCUCCUCCUCCUCCUCCUCCCUGCUCCUGCUGUAGUAAACAGGUAGCUGGUUUUCAAAUGUGCCAACCUAUUUUCAUAAACAUAUCAAACUUUUGGUGUCGAGCUGUAGCACAACUGAAUGCGUGUGGCUACGGCUUUCGUGGAAUUCUUUGUGUUGAAUGACUGUAUUUUUAUCAUUUGAGCUGUUCGUUAACAGUUGUGUAACUUAGAAAUGAUGACAAGUGUUGAUUUUGGAGAGAUUUAUUAGGACACCGUGAACUGACAGAAACACAUUGUACUUCUUGUCAUGUUUAAAACUGAUUUAAAAUCUAGUAGCUUGGAUACUUUCUUUGAGGUUUAAAAUGAUUUUUAUACACUUGCUUUAAACAGUUGAUGGAAAAUGAAUGGAAAGGAGUUGUGCAAAAUAUUUUUCCUGUAAAUUGGAUAUUUUCAUACAGUAUGAUACGGGUUUCAAUUAUUAUAUGUAGGUAUUACUGGCUAUAAUUGUACAUUGUCUUUUCCAGAGAUAUAAUUAUGAAGGAUCUGAUAUUUGUCAUGUUCUUUUGUUAAAGAUGUAUUUAUUGAGAUGUUUUAUGUGAAUGUACAUUUUGUUAAAGACAAUAUUUUAUACUCA